AUGUCUUUCAAUCUUCUCAACCUCCCAAUAUUGCCUCUGGUCAAAGCAUCCAUUAUUCUCCUUCUUCUGCGGGCCGGCUCCGUCAUUGAAUGGCUCAAGCGUGUUCUCUACGCCAUUCUGAUCUUCACCAUUGGGAGCGCACUGAUUCCCUGGUUUCUCUACAUUUUCGUUUGUCCACCACAGACUGGCAAUACAUGGAAGCCGCGAACCUUUGGCAACCUCCGUUGCAUGGGCCGCCACAAGAUGGGCGAAAUGCUCCUCUGGGCUACAUGCGCCAACCUCCUUACAGAUCUCUUGAUCCUGCCCAUUCCAUUCAUCAUCGUCCGAAGAAUGAUGAGCGCGCGCUUGCGAUCGCGUCUUGUGGUAUUGGCAGUCUUCACUUGCAGUUUGGGUGUGACCUCUAUCGGAGCUGCAAAGAUCUACCUCACCUACCGCGACCGUUUGUACUUCCUUUACAAGCCCGACUGGACAUACCCGAUCGACUUCUGCAUCAACCACAUCGAAAACAACGUCGCCAUCAUUGUCGCCAACAUUCCUAUACUGCGCGGACUGGUCACGCGAUGGGUAUUCAAUUUUCGUACCAAGGCUACUCCGCUGGAACGAGAACGCGAGCUUCAGGGGAAUUGUCAAUGGGAUACUUCGAGUUCCAGUAACACCAAUCGGCUCUCACGGGUCUCACGAAGCAGUCGCGUCGUCAAGAAGGUCUUCCCGUGCAUUCAGGAUGAUUUUUCCUCGAGCCUGGCAUCGCGCUCCACAGGAGACAUACGAACUCCACUUCAACAGUCACAACGACCCAACUUUCCACCGCGACUCGUCACGACGGGCGAUUACCGAAAGAAGACAUCGUAUUUUCCUCGAUCAAGACGAAAUAGCCUUGAUCGCUUCCAAUCGUCCGAUUCCUGCGAGAAGGGUGACGUGCUAGAGACGGUGCGAAGUGUCGGCAGUCUGGGAUCUGCGCCGACUCUCGUGGAGAGUAAGGAGAUGGAUAUGAGGUGGAAGAGUAUGGAUCUGGAUAGUGUUCCAAACAGUCCGACACGGAGCAGUAGGAGGUUCUCAAGUGCGACACUCACAACAAGCCCGAUCACACCAGUGGCUCCGUGCCGGUUACGAGGCAUCGAGGACGAUGAUGACAUAUACCCACGCCAUAAAUAG